CUCCAGACAUGUUUAUUUUACAACUAUCAUUGCAAUGUAUUCCAAAAUAUCACUCUCCGAGGAUCAUGGGCCUGCCGAUGCUCAAGACACCGAAUACCUUUUGAGCGCGGAGCAGGCACAAGAAAAGUCCUUGCCGUCACCGGUCGCCGUCAAGCGCAAUGAUAAACUAAAGAAAUACGUACACAUUGGUGCAUUUAUAUUUUAUACUUGCAUCACAAUCGCACUAUACUUGUGGAGUGCGAAGCUCCAUGCCGCAAAGUGUGAUUGCAGCGCUGGUGAAGUCUAUUCUCCGGCGAGAACAGCCUUACAAUACGAGACAAAAGUAAUUGUCCAUGACCUAGUUGAGGAUGGCAAAUACAGAGGCAAGCCACGACAAGAGCUAGACGAGGCAUGGGAAGAACUAUUAAACUAUAAUAAUUUGCGAGUUCAGGGAGAAGACUUGCAGAAGGCAAACCUCUCGUCUGUUCCACUCAAUGACGAAAAGGGCGGCUACCUUGUGACGCUGGACGUUUUUCACACGUUGCACUGUGUCAACCAGGUCCGAAAAUUCUAUUACUCCGACUACUACCACAAUCCAAAUCCUAUUGAAGAUCAGCGAGAUCAUUUUGAUCACUGUAUUGAUCUUCUUCGCCAAACAGUCAUGUGCCACGGCGACAUUUCCCUGCACACGUACACUUGGAAAGACGAUUAUCGAUGGCCGUGGCCGACGAUGAAGACUACGCACCAGUGCCGCAAUUGGGAUAAGCUGAUGGAGUGGUCAAAGGAUCAUUCUGUAGACAGUCUAACGGGGCCGAUUCUUUCCCACCCUAUACUAGGAACAUCUUUUCUAGGUGACGAGCCUCAUAGUUAAUAUCGCGUGUCUGCAGAGUCAGAUUACUUUGCAUAUAAGUUAGCCAAUACAUAAUUAUUUGUGUUCAAGGUCUACUGCAGUGCCACUUCUUCAGUUAUCGUCGACCUAUAACCAACCCACUACAGGUGGUUCUUCCCAAAGCUCCGAUGAAAUCUCCGUGUCAAUUACCCUGAUUACCUCAGGAUCUGGUCGAUCUUCCACCAAAAUAGGAGGACUAGUUUCGAGAUCAUUGCGUGAAAACAUGCGCUGCUGGCAGACCUCUUUCCAUGUGCCAUCCGUCUGGUAUUCUACAAAUGUCUGGGAGACAAUCUCGAGGUCAUCAUCGCGCCACCAAAUAGGAUCCCCUUCUUCCCACGUGCCGCCGUGAAAGAUGUACUUGCGAGUAAGGUCAAUGGCGACUGAUAGCUCUUGUGGACCAAUAUCGAGCGCACCACCGUUAGGAUCAAUAAUUACCCUGAUUUUCGCCACUUCUUCAGCCGUCAGAUUUACAAGCUUGCACCGCCUCCCAGGUGCUUUGAAUCUCUCAAAGUGCCGAGGGCUAGGCUCCAUUGGCGUCGAACCGGCCAUGACGAAGGAUAGCCGCUUCUGUAGCUCGUGGGAUCUUUCGGUACGGACAUGAUUGUCAUCCCACCAGUCAUCAGUCUCCAUUAGCAUUUGGAGGUCCCAAUAGUGGAAUGUGAACCACCGACCCUCUAAAGCAAUCCACUUGGCUUUCUUGAGAAUGUCAUGCCAGGCUGCAUCCACCAGCUUUUGUUGCACUGUUCGGGCCGCUUUAGAUAGUCGUUCCCCAAUACGCAACACAGAUGCCGCGCCUUCGCUGAAAUAGAGGAUGUCAAGCUCAGGUAAAUAUCGUCUGAAUGGCGUAGGGCAGCCGGCAGCCUGCGAUGCUCGAAAACGUAUGCCACUACUAGGGCGUUGCACGGUGACACGCGACUCAUGACACACGUGCAUUGCUACAGGAUAUGCCGUAUCGACAGUCAAGGGCAGUUGCGGAGAGUGAUUAAGUGAGUUGGCACCUGCACCUUCAGGAUAGCCUCUGCAUGUGUUGGACGGCCAGCAGAGGCAGACUUCGGAUUCGUAGUAGACUGUGUGCUGCCAUAUUGCCUCCCGUAUUUCACGGGGAAAGCGGCUAAAUUGAUGAAAGGCCAUUUAAUAGUAUAAUAUGGAAGUUGGAAAAAAA